UUUCCUUUCCUUCACAUUAACGUUUUCAUCGGAAGAUCUAGCCUGAAAGUUUUCUCCGACAUCAGAUCUCUAACGAGUCAAAUCUCGACCUUACCUUCUUUUUCAGUGAAGAUGGAAGCUAGUGACGGGAUGGAGAUGAAUAAUCUGGAAAGAGAGUAUAUAAGGAGGCAGCACCAUAAGCAUGAGCUUGUGGAGAAUCAGUGUAGCUCUACGCUUGUUAAACACAUCCAAGCUCCUGUUCAUAUCGUGUGGUCACUUGUGAGAAGAUUCGAUCAGCCACAGAAGUACAAGCCAUUUAUAAGUAGAUGUGUUGUGAAAGGAGACAUGGAGAUUGGUACUGUACGAGAAAUUGAUGUGAAGUCAGGGUUACCUGCAACUAGAAGCACCGAGAGGUUGGAGUUGCUUGAUGACAAUGAGCAUAUUCUCAGCAUCAGGAUCGUUGGUGGUGAUCACAGGCUCAAGAACUAUUCUUCGAUUAUCUCUCUUCACCCUGAGAGGAUAGAAGGAGGAAGAAUGGGGACACUUGUGAUCGAGUCUUUUGCGGUGGAUGUACCUGAAGGGAACACAAAGGAUGAAACUUGUUACUUUGUGGAGGCUCUUAUCAAAUGCAAUCUUAAAUCUUUAGCUGAUAUCUCCCAACGUCUUGCCGUUCAAGACACAACAGGAGGUUCCCCAUGAACAGAGAGAUUUGGUUGCCGUUGGAUGAAGCUUUCAAAGGGAAAAGAGAGAGAAAGUCUCUUUGAGGAUGAUGGACAAGGCAAAUAAUAAUCUACUAUCAUUUAUUGUUACAUAAUAAGUCCUUUAUUUUUUGUCCAAAAAAAAAUAAGUCCUUUAUUUAACUUUUUUUUAUUUUGUUAAUUUGAUGAAUGUUUUUGGUUUCUUCUCUAAAGAAGUUUUUGGUUUCUUCUCUAAAGAACCAAAUAUGAUUUUGGAGUUUUGCAUUUUGCCACUUGAAGGAAUCUUUAAAUUUUUGCA